GUUUUGUUUUUUUCAAGAAUGACCUCUGAAAAUGUCUAUAAAUCCAACUACCGCUCUAUUCAUCCUAUUGUGUGCUAUUGAUGAGCUUCCGAUUGUUUCAAAUAUUGAUGGAUGUCUUGGGCAUGUUUAUGGUUGCUGUGUAGGCUUCGUGUGGAAUCAACAGGAGAGGGCGUGUGUUAAAUGUCAAAACGGAUAUUCUGGGAUAAAUUGCUCUGAAAUUUGUCAGUAUCCAAAUUACGGGGAGGACUGUCAAAAUGAAUGCAACUGUACCCAGGAAAUGUGCGACCCUAGUAAAGGCUGCCAGGAUAUAUCAACAGGGAAUGCUCACUUCUCCAUGGCACCUGAUCCCAACUCAGAUGUCUUGAUGUUUGUUCAACUCUUAUUCCUAUCGUUAUUUGGACUUUUGAGCUUUUACAUGGACACAUUUUAAGCUAAUAAUUUUAUUAACAUUUUUUUCAUUUAAAAAUAUUAUAUUAAGGUCUAUUGAUCAUCAAUAAUUUGAAUUUCAGUUGUCAAGAUACAAGACAGGUAUAUUUUAAAUACAAUUUUAAGUUUCCAGUGUUUUACUGAAUUUAAAUUUGUUAUAAAUAUGCUACUUAUUUUCUACAUGUAAACAAAAACACGACAC